AUGGAUCUAAAAUUGGUGGAAGUUGAAAAAAACAACCCCAAGUUAUUGAGCAGUGAGUAUUUCUAUAUUUUCAACAGUACUGUAAUUCUGGUCUAUAAACCGAAAGGGAAUAGCAUACAUAGACAAAUAGACUCGAGCUGUGCUUCCUGUGUAUCUCAAUUUAUUCUUUUUAUGUUGAAUAUAUUUGCAGAUAGGCAAGAAUGCAGCAGUUAUACAUUGCUUGAUAACCAAGAUCGAAACAUAAAGUAUACCGGUGGCAGCUCAGAUUUAUGUGACGAUGGUAUUUCAUCUGGAUGGUACAGAUUUGGUGGUGCUGCUGGAAGUCAGUUGUCUACUAUUUGUGUUCCCAGAAAAGACACAAGCAAACGAAAAUGCCAUACUGAUGCUGUUUCAUGGUUGAAUGGCGCUCAUCCAUCUGUGAGUGAUGGAAAAGUCACACGUGAGGUGUGCUUCAGUUGGGACGGUAAUUGUUGUCGGUGGAACAAAAAUAUCGAAGUGAUCAACUGUGGAUUAUUUUAUAUCUACAAACUGGUCUCUUCACCUGUUUGCAGUGGUCGAUACUGCGGAACUGACGUGUGCAUUCUAAGUUAA